AGAAUCAUGAUUUCCGCCAAGCUCUUCUUCAUUGUCCUUCUCCUCAUCGCUUGCCUGUUGGCCGUCGCUGAAGCUCAAUGGGGAUAUGGAUACCGCCCGUACGGAUACGGAGGAUACGGAGGAUGGCGCCGCCCAUACUACCGCCCAUGGGGAUACCGCCCAUAUGGAUACGGAUGGGGAAAAUAGAUUUCUGCUGCUGACGAAUAUACUUUAAAAUGAUCCUAUCGAAAUAUUUAUUCAUGAAAUGAAAUUUAUUAACUCAGA